AUGAAUAUAAAACAAUCAGAGAUGAUGAAUACAAUACAUCAUUAUGGUUCUACACGUAUACAAUGUUAUCUUUGUGAUUUACCACGUUAUCCAUGGGCAAUGUUAUCAGAAUUUAGUGAAUUAGUAUGUCGUGGUUGUGUUAAUUAUGAAGGAGCUGAUAGAAUUGAAUGUGUUAUUAAUCGUGCAAAAUUAAUGAAAAUGCAUUAUUUACCACGUAUUUAUAAUCAAAAAAUUAUAAAUGAUAAAUUAGAUGAUAUACAAUUGAAUAUACCAAUCACAACAACAACAACAUCAUCAUCAUCAUCAUCAACAACAACAACAAGAACAACAAUAGAUGAACGUAAUCAUUCAAUAAAUGAUUUAAAUUUGGAACAAAGAAAAUCUCCAUUAGAUUUAAACAAAAAUUUUUUAUAUAAAACACAAAUCAAUAAAAAUUUAGAAAUAAAUCGAUUUAUUGAUUCAUCACAUUAUUUAAAUAAUAUCAAUCAAUUAAAUGAUGAAAUUCAUAAAGAUUUAAAUAUUUUAACUGGAACUAAUAAUAAUAUACUACAAACAGGAUCUGAAGUAGUAGUACCUUCAUCAACAUCAUCGACAAUCUCUCAUAAUAAUACCCAUUUAUUACAAGAUGAGAAUUUAUCAUUAAAUCGAUUAAAUGGAACCCAAAAUAUUCUAUCCAAUUAUGAUACACGUUUAAAAGAUAUUUUUAUGAAUAUUUUAAAAUAUUCAACAUUUCAAUCAUUGAUUAAUUCAAAUUCAUCAUUAUUUACGAAUAUAAAUACAAAACCAAUUUUAGUAUUAGAUGAUCCAUUACAGAAUACAAAUUCAAUAGAUGAUCAUUCUAUAAGAAAUCAAUUCAAUAAUAAUGGUAAACGAGUAAUUGUAUCACCUCAUCAUGAUGAUGUUGUUCUAUUAAAUAAUAUAAUCAAUUCUUCAUUAUUAAAUAUCAAUAAUACAACAACUAGUACAUUAAAUACUAAUGAAGUCGAUCCAUUGAAUACUGUUAAAUUAAUUAAUAAUUUUGUAUCUGAGAACUCUAUAGAUUCAAGUACAAGUACAGAACAGAAACAUAAUUUAAAUUCAGAAUUUACAUUACAAUCACCUUGGAAUCCUCGUCUUUUAACAACAUAUUUACAAAUAAUUAGUAAUCUUUUAGGAUCGAAUCCUUUAUUUACUAAUGAUAAUAAUCAAAUAUCAUUAAUAUCUAAUAAUUUGAAUAAAUUAACCGAUCAGAAUAAAAUUAACUUAACCAAUAUUUUUGAUUCAUCAGAACAAAUAAUUAAUUCAGUAAUUAAUCAUUCAUUUUUAAAUGAAAAUAUACAAAAUGGAAAAUUAUCUAAAUUUAAUUUAAAUUCAAUUAAUUCUCAUUUAUUUAUUGCACAAAAUUUAAAAUUACCUAUUUUAAUAAGAUUACGUAAUCAACCAACUAUUCAAGCUUAUUUUUUAGGACUUAAUCAUAAUACCAUUUUAAAUGAUCAUUUAAAUUUACAACAAAAUAAUUUAAUGAAUAUAAUGUUUUUUGAAUAUCCUAUUGGUUCAUCUAAUAUCUGUACUGGUUUUAAUCAAUUUAUUAAAUUGAUUAAUACAAAACUUAUUCAUGAGCAUAAUAAUGAUAUAAUGAAUAAUAUUGGAGAGAUACAAUUAGGAAUUGAUCAUUUUGAAUAUGAAAUUGCUAGAGAUAAUAUGAAUCAAAUUAUAUGGGCACCAUUUAUUGAUUUAAUUUUAUUAAUUCUUCAAUUAAUAUCUCAACCAUUAAUACAAAAACAAACAAAUACUAUAACACAACUAUUAUCUAAAGAUUUAUUAAAACAAAUUAAUAUAAAUAAUGAUACAAUAGAAGAUGAAUUGAAUUUAUCAAAGAAACGAAAAUCUUAUGAUUAUAAUUCUGAAGAGAUUGUAAGUAGUCAAUUAUGUGACAUCAAUAAUAAACAACUACGACUUUCUUCACAAUCUGAAUUCAAUGGAAUUAAAAGUAAUUGUACUAAUGAUAAUAUGAAUAGUUUAUUAGAUAAAUUAAAUGAUCCAUGUAAAAAAUGGAAACCAUUAAUACAACAUAGAAAAUCACCAAAUAAACGAAUUCUAUGUAAUUUAUGUCCACGUCAUUUAGAAGGUAGUCAUUUUGUUCAAUGUCCUGCUAAUAUAGAGCAUAGAUUUUGUUUUCAAUGUGCUAAAAUUUAUUUAGAAAAUAUGAUGAAUGAACAUAAGAAUGGUAAUAUGAAUAAUUUGAAAAAUUUAGAAAUUUAUUGCCCUAGUGGUAAAAAAUGUGUUCUACCAGGUUCUAAAUAUCCAUGGGCAUUUGUAAAUUCAGAAAUAACUGCAAUUUUAGGUAAAACACAAUUAACUACUGAUUAUUCAUCUCGUUAUGAUCAAACAUUAUCAUUAGAGAAUAAUAAUGUUUCAGAAAAACUAUCAACUCAUAAUCUGUUAACUAAUAAAAUGAAUACAAAUUGUAAUAUGAAUACAAUAAGUAAUUGUCAAGUGGAAAAUAUAACACGUAAUAGUAUAUCACAAUGUUCACUAAAUAGUCAACAAGAUAGUUCUGAAAUUUUAUCUCCUCAAAAUAUAAACUGUAAAACUCCAUCAGAAUCUUCAACUAAACUAUCAUCAAAUGAAACAUAUUUAUUAUCUAGUAAUAAAUCAAUAAAUGGAGUUAAUACACCAUUGAAUUAUAAUGACACUAUUAAUAAUAACCAGUCGAAAUUAAUGAAAUCAUUUAAAGAUAAUCAUGUAAUAUGUGGAAAGUUGCGUAAUCAAAAACAUUCUACAUCAACAUCAUUAUCAUCAUCAUUGUCUUCUUCUUCUUCUUCUUCAUCAGCAUCAUCUCCGCCACCACUAAUAAUGACAACAACAAUUAUAACUUCAACUAACUUGUCCUCAACCUUAUCUUCUUCAUCAUCAUCAUCACCAUCAUCUCUUAUCAUUAAAUCAAAUGAAGUAAGGAAUAAGCCAUCAUUGAAUACAGUACUAACAACAACAACAACAUCAGCAUCAAUGGGACAGAUUACAGAGAAUAAUACACUUAGAAGUAACAUUGAAUUGUCAUCCACUGAAAUGAAUAGUAUUUCAGAUGAUAAUGAUUAA